GGUACGGAUCGGGUAGCGGCGACAAAUGCACCGCAGCGGUUACAAUACACAGCGGCUGUAACGCAAACAGGGGAGAAAGAGGGGCAGAGGACGAAGAAUGACGACGCUGCAGUGUAGAUGCAUGGCAGAAAAGAAGUUGUUUCGGCGGGAACUUGAUUCUUGGCGUUACAAAUUGAUACACUGCGUCGGGUUUGAAAGCAUUCUGGAGGGAAUUUAUGGCCCGCUGCCGAGAGACCUCAAUUUAUUUCAUGACUGUGAACCGGAAGAGGUAGAUGACUGGUCUCCAGAAUCAAACUGCUCUCCGUGCUCUUUCUGCAACGUGCUCCUGGACAAAUCUAGUGAUCAAGCACCUGCAGCCACGUCGCCCCUCUCCUCCCCCUCUGAUUACUCACCUUGUCAGGCCCCAACCAUCUCUGAGAGCACCCAAUCAGCACACAAGUUCCUCCAAGCUGUGUUCCAGAAGAAAGAUGUGCACCUGAGCAGUGAUUCCAACAUACCUCAGAUUGCUCAGGAGCUGAUGAAGAAGAUGAUAACCACAUUUGCUAAGGAGUAUGCAUCCAAGUGCCUGCUCCACACCAAUACAAAUGGUGUCACAAGGACCUCAUCACCCUUGUCUGACGCGUCCGAAGCAUCUGACGCCCCUCUGGACCUCACAGUGAACCGAACUCAGGAGGAGAACACGAUCGAAGAUGGUGUGCUGGACCUCUCCAACCGGAACUCUGCCUGCUCAACAACUUCAUCAUCAUCAGAGAAUCACAGGGGAUCAGGCUCCCUGGUGCCAUCUUUCACAGAAGACGAGGCAGGUCAGCAACAGCGAGGGACUAAGUUUGGUCAAUGUUCCACAUUGGAUGAUGUUCUGAGUUCUCUCUGCCCAGCUCACCAAUCCUUAAUCUACCAAAUCCUCAAGUAUGCUUGCCAUGAAAAAGAGAUGCUCAGGAACGAAAGGGACACUGUUUUAUGUUCCAAGAAGCUGCAUUGCACUUCGUGUCAGAGUCUUGUUGCAGCCUCUCCUGCAUCGUUCCAUUCGCCUUGCACACCCUCUUCUAAUUUAUGCUCGUCCUCUUCCAUAUGUUGUGAGAAACGCAGCUUCCAAAUCAAGAAAACAAGAGAUGGAGAGGUAGGAGAUGGAGACCCUCCUUGUCCUGUUCUGAAGAGAGAGCAGAGUCCCUCUCCUCCCCCUCUUUCCCCAAUCCCGUCAGAUUUCGGUAAGAAAUGUGAUGAAAACCCACCCUCUCUGCUUCACCAAGAGGAGGAUGUUAAUCUCAUGGUACAGAGUUUUGUAACUGCAAGCUACGAAGCCUCAGAUGUCAAUGCAACUACAGAAGAUGCUGAAAGUAAGAUCGCUGAAAGAAGUCAGGCUGAUAAGAAUCCAAGUGAGACUUCACUGCAGGAUGUCAUGGAUCGUUUUAGUGAGAAACUGGAGACAAUAACACCUCUAGACAAGGACCCUACUCUGGUUUCUACGGCUAUCUAUGUUUCUGAAAAGGAGCAGCCGUUAUCUCCCUCAACCAGCUACAACCUGCCUUUUCGUGCUGAUGCCCAUGUCACUGAGAUCAUCACCACAGUGCUUCGCACAAGCAGUCCCAGUGAUUACAGCUUGAGUGAGCUGUUUAGUCGCCAAGACAAAGAAUCCAAGUCACCCGUUACUAGAUCCCGUCAUCGCCAGAAUGUUGAAAAACCUAAAUGCACCCCUGAGAUACAGAACAACAAUGACCAACAAAGUUCAAGUGUACAAAAACAGGUGAAUACAGUGGCUACAAGCUCAGCUAAACAGUGUGUUUUGUCCUGCAAAGAAGGUGGUGAGGGUUGCAGUUCUACAAAUGACAAAAGCCACAAGGGAUCCCCAUCAAGUGAAACCACUGAGGCUGAAAGAUCAGGUAAAAGGAAAGCUUGUGCUAUUAAAGGGAGAGUGUGUCAUCUGCUUAACAUUUCUGAGGGUGCAAGAAGAUCAAGGAGAAAUAUAGUCCCUCCACCGCGGUUCUCCUCCUAUGUCACAGAGCCCAGACGUAUGUUCUUUGUUGCGUGUUUCUCUGAACCUAUCUUUAAUCAGAAAGCACAAAAGGACAAGGCUUCAUCUAGCACCAAUCAUAUGUCAUCAAAAGAUCCAGAUGCUAAGGAUGCCAACGUAGAAUCCAGAAAUGACGUUUCUUUGUCCUCAUGUGUGAACACAGGGAAGCUUGCCUUUCAGUCAGCAGAAAAAGGACAUGAACUAUCUCACAUGGAAGUGAAAAGUCAAAGCCAGGUCACUCCACAGAUUGUGACUGCGAAAGACCAAAGUCCUAAAAAACAUCGCUCAGGCAAAGAGAACAAUAGUAGUGACCGUGUUGUCCCUCUCUUAGGACGGUUACGAUCAGCAUCAUCAAAAAGAGUACAGGACUCCUCAAAUAUGGAUGUCCCUAUAAAUUCUGAUACCUGUCUUGAGAGUCUUAAAAAUUCCCAAGUCCAGUACACUAGUCCAAUUAAACUUAUGUUUGUAUCACCAGUAAAGGAUAAAGAGGGAGUUAAAUACAGUCUCAAAUCAGCAGGCUCUGGUUCUGGCUCACAAACAGAACAUUUUGAUCCCUGUGAAGAGUCUUCAUGGUCAGGGACACUUCAGAAGCACACAAUCCAGAGCAAAAAGCCUGCAAUAUCACAAGUAAAAUCAGUUGUCUCACCACUAAAAUCUUCUGCCUCAUGCACAAGGUCUUCUUGUUCCCCAACCAAGUCAUCUUCUUCACCAGCCAAGUCUGGUUCCUCAACACGCAGGUCUGGUUCUUCAACACCCAAGUGUGAUUUGUCACCUGCCAAAUCUGGUUCCUCAACACCCAAGUCUCUUUAUUCACCAUACAAGUCUGAUUCUUCAGUAUCGAAGUGCUCUUCCUCACCAAGCAAAUCUGCUUCCUUAACACGCAGGUCUGCUAAUUCACCAUCCAAGUCUGGUUCUUCAACACCCAAGUACGGUUCUUCACCACGCAAGUCUCCUUCUUUGCCCAGGUCCCCUUCCUCAUCACCUAAAGAUGCUUCCAGAGGAUCAGGUGAAGGUACUCCAACUAAGCGCGUAGCUGGAGCUGACAGCCAGGGAUUAUCAGGUAACUCGACUUCUUUUCAUGAAACCACUCCACCAAAAAGGCGUCCUGGGCGUCCGAAGAAACUGGGACCACAGCUGGAGCAAAAAGCAAAAAGGCCAAUUGGCCGACCCCGUAAGCAGAAGACUUUGGAUUCCGAACCUAAAAAUGUUAAAAUGGUAAAUGGUAAUUGUCAGUUGGCACCUAAUAUUGAGGAGAAUACAACUAAAAACCUCAAGAUAACAGUCGUAUAUGGCCGUUCGAGGAGAAACAAACGAUUGGUGUCAGAGGGCUUUGACCAGCUGCAAACAGAAUUUCAUGACGCUUGGCGAGCCGUAAGUCUAUUGCACAACUCUAAGACCAGCUCAGGUAGUAUUAAAACAACCUCAGAGGAGUUGGAUUUUGUCAGACCAGCGAAAAGGCCUGCUCCUCAAUCUGGCAGUAACAUCAAAUGUCAAAAGCAUGAUGAUUCUGUUCGCUCAAGGAAACCAGGUAGACCUGCAAAGGUUAAAAUCUCUGGAAUCUCAGUCACAGUGACCACAGUGUCACCUCGUCAACGUAAAAUUCAAAUCAAUAAAGAGAAUAGGCAGUCUCCUGAAAUGCUGGCUCCUAGGAAAGUACUUCUACAAGACUUCAUGUCUGCCAAAGAGCCCAGGACAAUCAGUCAUCAGUUAAUGAGCAAAAGGGGUCAGAAAGAAGAAGGGAAAGAAACAGAGGAUGGUAGUAAAGAUGAACUCCCCAAUCAGCCUGUAGUACGACACUCCAAGAGAGUGAGAAAGCCAUCAAUACACUUUUUGCAUGCUGUUGCCACCUCUACAUCAUACAGCCGCAGCAAUGCGCUGGUACGACGCUCUAAACAACUUCUUUUAAACAAGGCAAACAGUGAAAGGAGACAGGAUGAGCAGCAAAGUAGUUUCGAAACUUCAGGUGAGAAGAGAAAGUCAUGUGGACCACAGAAGAAGGGUGUUUCUCUAGACGUAAGCAGAUUGGCAGGGGUAUCUGUUGAUUCGAUCUUUAGGUCUAAAGAGACAUUAAGGUGGUGGGCAGCAUCAGCUGAGGAAAAGACAAUGAACCAGGAGCUCGCCAGACGAAUAAGAGUCAUCUCUGACACUUGGGUCUCAGACGCUGUGGACAACCAAGAAAAAGAAUUGGCCCUCGAUUCUAAACUAGGCACUAAAGACAGCAGUUUAUUUGCCAAGAAUUCAAAUCAUUUCUCUGUGGUCCGAACACUGUUUGACUGUUCGCCCAACAAACCAAGGUCCUGUAGCAUGCAGCAGAUCUGCUCCUGGUUUAUGGAGACCACCGAGACACAAUCUCUGGCCAUUGUCAAGAAGGCAAGCUCCCGUAAUCGUUACGAACUUAUGCACUUCCCUCGUUCUGCUAAUGCAAAAAGUGUUUGCCACAGUCCUCAGGCAGAGCGACUCCGCAAACACAUCAAGAAGUUUGCCAAAAUGGUGCCAAAAAGCCCUUUACAGCAUCAGAAGGCUCAGAGACUGCUGAGGAAGAGAAACAAAGCAGCUGUGUCAACACACAGACGACAACUUUUUACUUUAAGCAUUGCAAGCAAGCGCACUCGCCAAGUCCAGCCGUUGAGAGGCAAAGCAUUUAGUAUAUAUCAAGCCACUCUGGUUAGAGCAAGGACACGUUUUCUAACCCGGAAAGAAAGGGAUAGGUGGCAAAAUGGGGCUAGGGACAGGAGAAACAUAAAAGCAGUAUCAUGUUGUAGAAAUGAACGUAUAGUAACUGGACUACAAUCUAAACGUAAAGCAUUAUACACAUCCACAAACGAUCGGCACUCUGUUGGUUUGGAAAACGGUUCUACCGCCUCUUCGGUUAGCCAAACUCGGGAACUCGUGGAUGUACACAAAGAGCAGAACCUCUGCUCCAAAGCCUGGGGUCCUGAAACGCUGAAAGAAUGCCGGGUGUUUCUAAGGAAGAUCAACUCUCCUGAUAGCGAAUCGGCUGAGGAAGAGUGGGACUCUUGUACUGUGACACUGGAAGGGUCACCUUCUGCAUACCUCUUUGCAGAACAGGACAGGCAACUGGUAAGAUUCGUUAAAGCUGUGAAAACUGAAAGAAAAAGGAGCAUUAAUAGGAGGACUGCCUCGAAAGAGUUGGCAGAUUCUGCAUCAAAAUCAGUCCAGGAGCAGGAAGCAAAGCCAGCAGGGAGGCAGAAAAGAAAAUUCAAGAGUCCCAGGGUUGCGUCUACUGAACCACCACAACCACCACCAGCGAAAAUCUUGAGACAAUCGCGAAUGAGGGGCCUGACUGGGCCGAGAUGGCGUGACUUUGUCCUUGAAAGCUAACUGAAGCAUGAGGCCUCCUCUUCCUGGGAAAGGGACUGUGGUUUAACGUGGUGCCUUUGGACUUUGUGCUGACCACGUAGACUGGCCAUCUCAGUAUGGUUCAGUCUUACAAUCAGCAGCUAUGUAGCAGUCUAACUUAAAAGCUUGAUGUUGCACUAUUUUUAUCCAUGGAUAUGUAUGUACAUUUUGUCAUCUUGCCUUUGUCUUUCUGAAGGUGUAUAGUAGAUCAAUAUAAUAGUUACUUCAGAGUUUUAAUGGAAAGAGUGCUUAUACCGUGAACCCUGUCAGAGUGGUCAUAGAGGAAUGAAAGCUCGACUGCCAUCUCCCUAAAAAUGUACCUUUACUGAUACUAAGACCAACACUUCUUCUCGGAAAUGAGCCCUUACUGUAUAUCUUAACCUGACAUUUAUCAUAAUUUUUACUACUUUAAGCCACAAUGCCAGCUCUAAAACCCCCACUUAUUUUAUUUAUAGUGACUCGUACUUUGGCACUGUUUUGAAUGUUUAAUUUGUAAUUUAAUAUUUGCUUCUGUAUUUUAGGUUUGCUUAAAGUAUAUUGGAAUUUGAUUUGAAACUUUUUCUUAAUCCGAGCCUUUUGUUUUCUCUACUGCUGUCGCAAACAAGUAGCCAAAACAGGCUUUUAAUGAAGGAAUCUUUCAGUUCACUUAACACCCAAUCUUAACUCCAGUAGCUAUCUGUGAAAAGGCCACAGCUGUAAGAGUGUGUCUUGAAAUGCACUAAUUGGCCUGUACUAAAACCAAAUAUUUGAUGUCACGAGUUCUUUUUCAAGAGCAUUUUCAGUUGUCAAUUCCCCACAAAAUGCAGAGGUGUCUGUGAAGUGACAGAAAUGGCAUUAUGCAGUUGUAGAACAUAGCUUCUGGUUAAUUUCAUGGUUUGUGGGAUCUUUCUUGUUUUUAUUCAGUUAUCUUUCUAAGAACGUAUUAUUUUCACCCAAAGCAUAUACUGUAUGUUGCUGUCAGAUCGACUUUUUGCACUAUUGAGCCCCUUUCAGACGUGAUAUAUGCACCGCUGGCUUUUCGUUAAAGUGCUGACAUCCUGUCAGUCAGACGUAGAGUGCUUUUACAUUGUUUCUCACAAUUUACUCGUAUUUAAUCUGUGAUUUUUUUUUUUUUUUUUUUUUUUUUUGCGCUUGUUGUUCACAAAUAUUUAGCCAGUGACCUCCCAACUUUGAAUGACUAGAAUUUUUACGUUUUAUUCAGUAUGAUGUGAAACCGACGACUGGGACCACAAAAUCAUCUGAAAAACUGAGCUGUGAAGAGGGUGUGGGCGUUUGUCUCAUAGAUUUAGGCACGAUCCUAGAGACAGGUUGGCAACCACCAGUUACUGGGGAAAAAUGAGUUUUCCCUGACCAGCUGUUUAACUAUUAAUUUCUGCUGUUGUCACUAUGAACAGGGUAUUUUUCUUAAGCGUGUGCGUUGCACGUAUAAGUAGCUGCAGACACCACUGACGAGUAGCAUUUCCUGUUACUUUCUGCACAUGUUGUUUGUAAACUGCAGCAUCUCAGCGGGCAAGUCUAUGCCAUCACUGCAAAUUGGCAGGCAUGCAGAUGUCUUGCACACCAUCUGCUGAUGCAAUUUACAUCACUCAGACUUGCCUACGUGGGAAGUGGAACGCACCCAUUACUGCAUGUAUCCUGCUGAGAGAGCUGUACCCUGCCUCUCCUGCACAGGCUCAGAGAGAUGUUUGUUGUUGUUUCGAAACAGAGUUGGCGAGAUAAAAUCUCAUUGUGUACCUGGUAUUUCUGUUCGGGUCUUUCACUUGAGAGCUCAACAACUCGCAGGUCCACGCGAUACGGUCGCUGUCCUAAUCUCGCAAGUUCCUUUUAAGUUGCAAUGCGACGCAUGCAGUGUAGAAGUUGAUACACUAAUGUUGCAAGUUCAACAUUAGUAAAAGCUUUGCCGUCGUGGCUUUCACAGAAGAGUGACCGGGGUCUUCCUUCGCACAUGAAACCUACGUGUUUUCAUGCUGUCAGAUCAAAGGCGAAGAGUGCACGUCUGAAAGGGGCUCUAUAUUUGAGAUUAAUCCCACUACGCAGAUUCCUCCUCCCAUAUUUUGCACAUCCCAUCUCCCACUACCACUCCCCCCCCCUUACUGUAAAACUAGAAUCUGUUUGGUGCAAUACAAAUCCAGAUGAUUUAUCAGUAUGUAGUAAUUAUUUUAUUGCUGACAGACGAAUGGAUGUACAUGAGUACCAGUGGCCUGGGAUGUUACUUCAGUUGUUUCCAUAGCCAUGUAAUGUGAUCUUAAAGGAUUCUGCUAUACAAACUAUGUUUGCCCACCUGCGUUGGUCUCAUCAGAGAAACAAAAAUAUAAGAAUUUUUUUUUUUCCUCUUACACGUAAUAGCAUUAUUUACUUUUUAAAUGUUGAGUUGUCACUGUUUCCCUGGAUUUUCUGUUAUUUUCUUAAGUUGCAGCAAGGGACGCCGACCUCCACAGGAGCUCAGCUAGGACUAGGCCUGAGAGUUGAUGGGGUAACACUAAUCUUGGAUCAAUGUCAUUGUUUUUCUGCCAUCUGUUCAGAGACGGGCAGAUCCAAGGUGUCCAGCUGUAGGUCAAAAACUUCACCCUUUAGGGUGUGUUGUAACCCGACUACCGUUGUAUGCAUGUCACUGUGGUUGCCGUUUCAACAUAAAGGAGGUGGGCAAGUCUCUGUCAUUUGAUAAAUAACCAUCAGCCCUUUGUUUGUUGAAGAACCUGGUGCUAUACAUCUGUUGUAUAUUUUCUUUAUCAUGUGUUUUUAUACUGUCCAAUACAGAUGCAACAAACAGGUGUCUGUGACUGAACCAAUAAAGAGUCUUUUGAGAUAA